AUGGCGACCUCAAUUGAACAAGGAGGAGCUGAUAGGUACUUAGAGAAAGGUCUGAUGACUCCAACACAGAACCAAAACCCUCUGGCCGAGCCAUCGCCAUCGCCAUCGCCAUCGCCAUCGCCAUCGCCGUCGGCGACGGCAUCGGCACCGGCGUUGGUGCUGUCCAACUCCGGCAAGCGCAUGGACCAGGCGGGAAAGAAGAAGUACGUGAAGCAGGUCACGGGUCGCCACAACGACACUGAGCUCCACUUGGCAGCUCAGCGCGCCGAUCUAGCCGCCGUACAGAAGAUUCUCGGUGAUAUCGAUUCGCAGAUGGUGGGGACCGUCAGUGGGCCCGAGUUUGAUUCGGAGGUGGCUGAGGUCCGGGCGGCGGUGGUGAAUGAGGUGAAUGAGCUGGGGGAGACUGCCUUGUUCACGGCCGCCGAUAGAGGGCAUCUUGAUGUUGUUAAGGAACUGUUGAAGUACUCAAAUAAGGACAGCGUUACGAAGAAGAACCGCUCGGGGUUUGAUCCCUUGCAUGUAGCUGCAUGUAAAGGACGCCAUGCCAUCGUCCAGGUACUACUAGAUCAUGACCCUGGGCUAAGCAAAACAAUUGGCCCAUCGAAUGCAACCCCACUUAUAUCUGCAGCUCAAAGAGGGCAUAUAGCGGUAGUUGAUGAGCUGCUGUCAAAGGAUUGUACCUUGUUGGAGAUUUCUAAAUCAAAUGGGAAGAAUGCAUUGCAUCUAGCUGCGAGAGGGGGGCAUGUGGAGAUCGUAAGAGCAUUGCUGAGUAAGGAUCCACAAUUAGCACGAAGAACUGACAAGAAAGGGCAAACUGCAUUGCAUAUGGCUGUAAAGGGGACGAACUGUGAGGUGGUGAAAUUGCUUCUUGAGGCAGACCCUGCAAUUGUCAUGCUUCCCGAUAAAUUUGGUAACACAGCAUUGCAUGUAGCCACCAGGAAAAAGCGAGCAGAGAUAGUGAAUGAGUUGUUACUCCUCCCAGACAGCAAUGUUAAUGCACUGAACAGGGAGACGAAAACAGCUCUUGACAUUGCUGAUGCACUUCCACCUUCUGAAGAAUCCUCGGAAAUAAGGGGUUGCCUCUAUCGCUACGGUGCUGUCAAGGCUAAUGAACUGAACCAACCAAGGGAUGAAUUGAGAAAAACAGUGACUCAGAUCAAGAAUGAUGUUCAUAUCCAGCUUGAACAAACAAAGAAAACCAAUAAAAAUGUUCACAAUAUUUCCAAAGAGCUCAGAAAGCUCCACAGGGAAGGAAUCAACAAUGCCACCAACUCAGUCACUGUGGUGGCUGUUCUAUUUGCAACAGUUGCCUUUGCAGCUAUCUUUACUGUGCCAGGUGGUGAUAAAGACAAUGGGACGGCUGUGGUAGUGAAGAGUGCUCCUUUCAAAAUAUUCUUCAUUUUCAACGCCAUUGCUCUCUUUACAUCGUUGGCUGUUGUGGUUGUUCAAAUUACCUUGGUCAGAGGGGAGACAAAAGCGGAGAAACGGGUGGUGGAGAUAAUCAAUAAGUUGAUGUGGCUGGCUUCCGUGUGCACUUCAGUGGCUUUCAUGGCCUCCUCUUACAUAGUGGUAGGCCAGCGCCAUAAGUGGGCUGCAAUUCUGGUAACAGUUGUUGGGGGAAUGAUAAUGGCCGCAGUUCUUGGCACCAUGACAUAUUAUGUGGUAAAAUCGAAGCGGAUUCGUUCCGUGAGGAAGAGGGAGAAGCAUGCAAAGAGGAGUGGUUCCAACUCAUGGAUGCCCUCUGACUAUUCCAAUUCGGAAAUCGAUCGAAUUUAUGCCCUUUGA